CUCAAAGUUCCUCACAGCUCCACCACGGCAUCUAACAAUGCAGCAACUCGACUCAACCAACAGCUCACUCUCCACUCCAAUCCCACCUGGAAACCUGGUUGCCAGUAUUGUACUAGCAAUUUUCUUCAUACUGGGAGUCCCUGGUAACAUAGCAGUAGUGGUAUAUCUCUUUGGAUGGAUGAAGGGAGGAAGUUUCACCGCAAGACUCAUGCUAAGCCUGGCCAUAUCAGAUCUGCUCACUCUGCUUUCUCUGCCAGUUUGGAUUUGGACUCUUCUUCAUGGCUGGGUCUUUGGUGUGGUCCUGUGUAAGCUUCUCUCCUAUUUGUUGUACUUAAGCAUGUACUGUAGCAUAUAUUGUGUGAUUUUGAUUAGCGUUCAGCGAUAUAUGCAAGUGCUGCAUCCUCAGAAAUGGAACAAGCUUGGCAGGAAAGGAAAGAAGAUCCUCUUGAGUGGACUUUGGAUCUUAAGUGGAGUAAUAUCGUCUUAUGCUCUUGUACAACGCACGCUAAGUACAAACGAGGAAGGACAGCUUCAGUGCAAGCGACGCUACCAGAAUGAUGUUGGAACAGUGGCUACUUUACUCUUGGAGAUUGUACUAUUUAUGGUUUUGUUCCCCACACUGGCUUACUUCUACUUUCGUCUUCAGCAGGGAGUUAAUAACUCAGCUUUCUUUAGGAGUAAAUCAUUGACAAAGCUGGUAACCAGAAUUGUGGCCUGUUUCUUUAUUUUUUGGUUCCCGUUACUCAUCUCCAAUAUCCCGCUCGUCAUUGCCGUGUUGCUUGAGAAUGACCGUCUGUUAAGAUCUGCAGAAGCUGCUAACGAAAUUACUGCAUCUCUGACUUUCAUUAACAGUUGUGUGAACCCCUUCCUGUACGCUUUCUCUGCUCGGGCUGUACAGCAGCACGCAAAUGGAACAGACAAUACUUAAUCCUUUCAUGAUGUAGAGGUUUGAGAGAGUUGAUGAUUUCUUGCUGAUAGCCAGUGACUUGUUGCAUGUUAAAAUGAAUUGCAUAUACUUCUGCUUCUUAUUGCAGUCUAUUGUUAUUGUCUUUUGUUUGCAUCUUUUAAUAGAGUAUUUUAAGGGGGUUCUUAUGGCCUCCUAUUUUUAAACUUCUUUUUGUCACUGUGACUUUUGGUAUCUUGUCUCUGUAAGCAAUGUAUUUGCCUGCAUAAAAACCACAGGACGUCA